AUGGCUGUAGUUAUGCAGGCGACAACCGAGGCACUAGGUAAUCAGAUAAAUCAGGGUAAUCAUGGGAACAAUAAUGAUGAGUGUGGUCCAAUGACACUUGCUACAUUUCUGAAAGUUCACCAUCUGACUUUUAGGGGAACCUCAAUUCCCACUGAUGCAGAUAAUUGGAUUCAGGCUAUGGAAAGGGCGUUACAGGCACAGCAGGUUCCUGAGGAGCAAUGGGUUGAAUUUGGAACUUAUCAGUUGCAAGGUGAAGAUCAAUAUUGGUGGCAGGGAACACGACGUAUCCUGCAGCCUGAUGGUGCUGCAGUUCCUUGGGAGGUUUUCCGGGCAGAGUUCUAUAAGAAAUAUUUUUCUAAUUCAGCCAGAAAUGCCAAGGAACUUGAAUUAAUGCAGUUAAAAUAG